AACGUCCUUUACGCCCAUGGAGUAGCUGCUGUGUGACCUCAGUAUCAGCGGGAGCUUCUAGAGUUGUUUUUUUUUCUCAGCAUGGCAGGAAAACAGAAACUGGAUUUGGUCCAUCAAAACCAAAUUCAUGUUGAGACCAUAAAGAAAGAACAGAGACUGCAGAAACUCCACACCGAGUUCAGCAUCAAUCCCUACAGAAAAUUGCACAUCCUGCCAGACAAACCCAUGUCUAGGAAACCAACUGAAGUUAUUGAAGAGAACUUGGACUUCCUCAAGGCUUUCCACAAAGCCCGGGAGGAGCCCACCAAGAAAUAUUCAAAGCCCCUCACUGAGAGUCAGGAGAUAGGAUGGAUGUCAACUGCACUGGUAGAAUUCUGCGUACAUUUCUACCUCAAAGUUUCUACUGACUAUCCCAUCGAACCGCCGUGACACGAGAUGCAAUUUCUACCGAUUCAGAACGGAUGUCACUAAACACCAAGAAUUUGCCCAGAAAGCAUCAAAUUAAAGCAUGAAAAGCAGCAAGAAGCGAGUUCAAAAGAAUCUGUUUAUCAAACAAACAUACAGGUGUCAGCAGAGUCUGCCCUUUCUGUAUUUCCAUCUUAGCAAACUAAGAAAAACACUUGGCAGGGGAAACAUUUGCACAGGUCUAUACAAAGCACACUCAGCCAACACAUACUAAUCAUAUUAAUGAAUAGGAAAGGGCAAAACUGACAGCCGCUCAAUAUUAUAAAAUGCCAUGUCACAUAGGAGAGAAUCAAUGAGUCAAGGAGCCGAGUUGGGAAAAAAAAAAUAGAAUACACCAAACUUGGAAGAACACACAGUGUCAGUUAGACAGCAGGGGGGUUGGUGUAGAGACUGAGGCGUAGAAACAGACUGUGGCUCCAAAUCCACCUUAUAGGGACGAGAAUGGCUAUAGACAACAAAAACUCAUCUAUGGUAAUUAUUUAAUCAAUUUCUCUUCAUGAGCCUUAGGGAAACUGCAUGUAGUAAAAAAAACUUUGCAUCUUGGGUGGUCCUAUGCAGUCCGUUCUUGUCUUUUCUUCAUUUGUCUGGUCCUCCUCAGCAGUCAGACAGGAUGUCUGUGUGGCAUGAAGCUGGUUUAUGUUGACCUCCACAUCAAUCCUGACACAUUUUAUGGAAGGCAUACUGUACAAAAAGUGUGGAAGAGCCCGUAGCCUCCUACACGUCUGGCAAAUCCUGCCUAGAAGCAGCGUCCAAGUCCAGUCUGUUAACCAGCAUGUCAACUUUUUACGAGCGACUCUUCAUCUUCUUGCGCACAGACUUGCCCGGACGUUUCUGAAAGCCCAAGUAAAAGAAAUUAGGUGUUUUCUUACCAACCAUAUCCUUCCAUUUACCAAGCUUUCUACAUGUAAUAAAUCGCUCAGUUCCUUUUA